UUCGGUUCCCUCCCCAUGCUCUUCUCUUCCCUGCUCAUAAGUUUUCUUCUUUUUCCAAGUUUGUGGUAUAUACUGAGUAUUUGAAUCAUGUUACCAAUUGCAGUUCUCUCCAUACUGGGACUCGUUUCGAGUGUUCAGGCAACGAUUUCAUGCUCGUCUUCAUCACAGUGUCCAGAGAGCGCGCCCUGUUGUGGUCAGUUUGGUACAUGUGGCACUGGUGCUAAUUGUUUGGGUGGAUGCAAUCCAAAGUAUUCAUUCAAGCCAGAAGCAUGUAUGGCAAUGCCAAUAUGUAAAGAUGUUGAAACAACUUUUGGUUCCCAGAGUUUCCCGAACGUUGAAGAGUAUAUGGGAAAUCCAAACGAUACAGACUGGUACUACACUGGGUACGUCGAGAAUAGCGAUGAUGGGUUACUCAUAGAGAUGCCAAAGGAUUCAACGGGUACAGUCGUGUCAUCUUCGAGAUUCCUAUGGUAUGGUAAAUUCGGUGCCACUUUUAAGACUUCCCGUGGUGCUGGUGUUGUCUCUGCAAUGAUUUCAUUUUCCAACACUCAAGAUGAAAUUGACUGGGAGUUUGUUAACUACAAUUUGGAGCAAGCUGAAACGAAUUAUUUCCAUCAAGGUGUUGAGAAUUGGAAGAACAUGGAAGCAUUUAGCUUGUCUAAUACAUUCGAAAACUUCCAUAAGUACGAGGUUGAAUGGACAGAGGACUAUGUUUCAUGGUCUCUUGAUGGUAAGGUUGUUAGAACAUUGAAUAAAGUUGAUACAUACAAUUCUGCAACUGAUGAAUAUGACUUCCCACAAACACCUUCCAGAGUUCAAUUAUCUCUUUGGCCGGUUCUUGAGAGUGCUGGUGAGGGUACAAAAGAAUGGGCUGGUGGUUCUGUUGAUUGGGACUCUGAGGAUAUUCAAGAAAAAGGAUAUUACUAUGUUACUGUUAAGGAUGCAUACAUUCAAUGUGGAGAUGUGCCAAGUGGUACUGAGAUUGAUGGAUCCAACGCUUACGUCUACACCAGUAACAGUGAGUACAACCAAGACACAGUGAAGAUAACGAAUGCUGAUACUGCUAUCUGUUCAUUUGAUAACUCUGGUCUCGAUGACAACUCCGGAUGUCAAGGGGAAUCUGAGGAUGUUUCAUCUUCUGAAUCAUCCAACUCUUCGGAGUCGUCAGAGUCAUCGUCUUCUUCAGAGUCAUCGUCUUCUUCAGAGUCAUCGUCUUCUUCACAUUCGUCAUCACAGUCGUCUUCACAUUCGUCUUCACAGUCGUCUUCUCAUUCGUCUUCUCAUUCGUCUUCACAGUCCUCCUCUCAUUCGUCGUCACAAUUGUCUUCUCAUUCGUCUUCACAGUCCUCCUCUCAUUCAUCGUCCAAGUCCUCAUCGCAUUCAUCGUCAGAGUCUGCUUCUUUCCCCUGGGAUUCUUCAUCGCAAUCGUCAGAGUCAUCUAUCGAAUCAUCAGCAUCUGCUUCAGAAUCUUCCAGAGCAUCCUCCACAAGAGAAUCAAGCACUUCAUCGUCAGAACUAACAACACUAUCAUCCACCUCAGAGGAGGCCAUCACCACAACGGAGGAUACCACAACGGAGGUUACCACCACCUCAGAAGGAAACAGGUUCAUCCAGUCAUCUGCAGUCACCUCCACCACGUCUAUUGAAAGCUACUCGACUGCUAACGAAGCACCAAAACUCAUCACCACUGGCGGAGUCAAUGCCUUCCUUCUUGUGGCCCUAGCGCAACUUCUCUAAAACUACUAAAAAAGAAUUAGACAAUUAGAAAGCCCCGGGCAAUCGCCAACAAGGACCAUAGUAAAGUAUUUAAUCUUGUCAAUUCAUAAUAAUCAACUUUAAGCAAAAC